AUGAUGAAUAAUAACCAAAAAUGCAAGGAAGAGUUUAAUGAAAACAAAAGUUCUCAUGAAAAUUUUAGUGUGAAUAUUGGGGAAAAUCAUGAAAUCAAGAUAGGUAAAACCAACACUAAACAUGAAAAAAGUGUCGAAUCAGAAUUCGAAAUAAGUAGUGGUGAAGAGGAGACCCCAAAAAAUAUACUUGAAGAAUCGGAAAAAUACUUGAAAAGAGAGGUAGAUAUGCAUCACAAAAUGGCAGAUAAGAUGAGAGAAACUGUGGGAAGUGAUGCAAAUAAAUCCAGAUUGCAACUUUUGUUGGAUCAAAGUGAAUCAUAUACCAGCUUUAUACUGGCAAGGUCUUUAAACCCUAUUAAAUAUGGUAACGAUGAUGGCCAAAUAGAAGAAACUGGUGAAAAGGUAGCCAAGAAACAAAAGCUUUCCACUCACAACCAUUUUAUGAGUAAGGAUGAUGAUAUUGAGCUUUUUAGAGAAACUGAAGAAGAAAUUUAUGGUUAUCGACCUCACACUAGAUUGCAAGUACAACCAAGUUGUAUACAAAAUGGAGAAUUAAAACCAUAUCAGCUGGAAGGCUUAAACUGGCUUAUUAACUUAUAUGAAGGGGGAUUGAAUGGGAUACUGGCUGAUGAAAUGGGUCUCGGAAAAACUUUUCAGUCGAUUUCAUUAUUAGCUUAUCUUCGUGAAUACCGUGAUAUUAAAGGGUUGCAUCUUGUUUUGUCUCCAAAAAGUACUUUAGGGAAUUGGAUGAAUGAAAUUGCAAGGUUUUGUCCAAGCAUUAGAGCUAUCAAAUUUUUAGGGAAUGGUCAGGAAAGGUCAAAUCUCAUGGAUAAUGAAUUAAGUCAUAUUGACGAAAGAGAUCUCGAAAAAGGUACCUGUGAUGUUAUAGUCACAUCUUACGAGAUGCUCUUAAAGGAGAGAACUUGGUUUUUAAAAAGGAAUUUUCAUUCAGUAAUAAUAGACGAGGCUCAUAGGAUAAAGAAUGCCAAUUCCAAGCUUAGCCAAACUGUUAGACAGUUAAAUACUCGAUUUAGGUUACUUUUGACUGGCACUCCUCUUCAAAAUAGUCUAAAGGAACUUUGGUCUCUUUUAAACUUCCUUUAUCCAGAGAUAUUCUCUAGUUCUGAAGAGUUUGAGGCUCUCUUUGAAGCUCAGACAGGGGAGGAGGAGCAGGCCAUUAUUGGCAGAUUCCACAGAAUACUACGUCCUUUCAUGCUUAGAAGAGUUAAAUCUGAGGUGGAAAUUGAUAUUCCUCCUAAGAAAGAGAUUCUUUUAUAUGUACCCCUUACUAACAUGCAAAGAAGGUUGUACAAGGACCUUCUUUCAAAAAAUGUCGAUGCUUUACAGGAGAAAGAAGGUGGAGGCAAACUUAGACUCAUUAAUCUUGCAAUGCAACUUAGAAAAGCUUGCAACCAUCCAUACCUUUUUGAUGGAUAUGAAGACAAGUCUGUGGAUCCUUUUGGAGAGCAUGUUGUAGAUAACUCUGGGAAAAUGGUAUUAAUGGAUCGUCUAAUUAAAAAACUGGUCUCCAAGGGGAGUAGGAUUUUAAUUUUCAGCCAGAUGGCACGUGUAUUGGACAUUCUUGAAGAUUAUUGUCAUAUGAGAGGCUUUCCUCACUGUAGGAUUGAUGGAAAUACUUCAGGAGAUGACAGAGAUAGACAGAUUUCUGAGUUUAAUAAACCUGAUAGUCAGAAACUUGUAUUUCUGCUUUCCACUAGAGCUGGGGGUUUGGGAAUUAACCUGGCUACAGCUGACAUUGUUAUUUUGUAUGACUCAGAUUGGAAUCCUCAGGCUGAUCUUCAAGCUAUGGACAGAGCUCACAGGAUUGGCCAGAAAAAACCGGUAUUCGUUUUUAGACUUUGUCACGAGCAUACUAUAGAAGAAAAGAUUAUAGAAAGAGCUAAUCUUAAGCUUCAACUUGAUUUUGCUAUUAUCCAACAAGGUAGGCUUAAAGGUCAGAGUUCGGUUCAUAAUGUUGGAUUAGAAAAUAAUGCAUUAUCCAAGAAUGAGUUAAUGACAAUGAUACAAUAUGGUGCAAAUGAAAUCCUCAAAACUACAAAUGUAAACAUUACUGAGGAAGAUAUUGAAGCAAUUAUAUCAGGGGGAGAAAAGAAGACAGAGUCUUUGCAGAUGAAAAUCCAGAAGCAUAUUCAAGGGUCUCUUAUGAAUUUUAGUUUGAAUGGAAGUCACAAUGGAGGAAAGGGAGAAUCAGAUAAGAUCAUUAAUGCAGGAACAACUAAUACUAACUCUUUAUAUGAGUUCGAGGGGAUAGACUAUAAUGAGGUUCAAAAACAGCAGGAUAGACAAGCCUGGGGAAAGAUCAGUAUUGAAAAAAUUGACCAAGAACGUGAGGAAAGACGCAGAGGAAGGCUAGAGAAUUAUACCUUAAAGCUUAUCCAGAAAUACAUUAAUAGGCAGAACUCUGCACGUGGAUUAGAUAAGCUACCUCCGAUGCAUGAUUGGCAGUUUUAUGAUAAGAAGAGGAUCAUGGAACUCCAUAAGAGAGAAUCCAGGUAUGUGGGUGAACUACAUGCAGGACUAAUUAAGCUUUCCCAGACAAGUACUAUUCCAUUUAUUGACGAAAACUCCCUACUAAUUCCUAUUGAAGAAAUUCCAAUGGACAAGCAGAUAGAAGACAUAUCUUCAGAAGAAAAGGAAGAAAAGAGAAUUUUACUUCAAAAAGGCUUUAAGACUUGGACAAGAAGGGAAUUCAAUUUACUUUUGAGAUGUUUAGAAACUAACGGAGUGGAGAACUUGGACAAAGUUGAACAAGUUUUGUCAAAUAAGGACAAGAAUGAGAUUAAGGACUAUGUUGAUACAUUACUGAAGAAGGGUCCAGAGGAAUUGGCUGACUGGAAUAGAUACUUUAAAAGGAUUCAGUCUUCUAAAGAAGACCAAAAGAAAAGAGAUGAACUUAAUGCAGUGAUCAAAGAUAAGCUUUCAACUUUGAAUGACCCCUGGAGAGAUUUGGAUCUUGAAAGCCUUAACAUUUAUAGUAAGCAAGCAAAGAAUAUGACAUUUAACCAACUUGAAGAUAGGUAUCUAAUUAAUUAUACAUUCCAAUAUGGUUAUGGAAGCUGGGACCAGAUUCUAUCUGCAAUUAAAAAUGACCAUGUAUUCAGUUUUGAUUGGUUUAUAAAAACCAGAAGUCCAAAUGAUAUCUACAGAAGAGUAGACUUUUUAAUUAAAGCUUUUAAAAAACGAGAUCUUAGUAAUGCUAAUACUAAUGCUAGUGGUAACGACCCAAAUACAACAGGAGAUCACACAAAUUCUUAG